AUGCGCUAUAAGAGAGGAUUCACUGGAAUGCGCACGGAUGAACAUGUAAGAGUGGGUGGGACCGCUGUUAUGUGUGAAACAGAAAAAGCAGGAAAUGAGCGGGUGGGCGGAGGAUGUGAAAAAACGGAUCUGCUCCAUCUUAUUAAUUCAUUGAUGCAAGAUGAAGAGAUCAAUCUUACACGCUUGAAUGAAGAACUUUCUCUUCUGGAUCAGCUAAGCGAGAUAAUCAAGUAUCCAGAUAUAAGAUCAUCUGCUUAUUUUUCUAACCUCAGCAGUGUAGUGUAUUUUGGUAUUAGCAGCGUGUUCCAAUCUAUUCUUUCACCCUGUUCUGAAACUGUGUUAUCACCACAACAGAGGCAGUCAUUGUCUAUUUCUGCACUGGAUAUUCUGCACAGUCUGCAAAUCUUUACUCUUUCCAGUCAAAGUGUGCAUGAACAGGAAAUGUCAGUGAAGACACCAAUGUUCAAUCUACAAAUAAAAAGUGUGAACUGCUCAAACCUUGGUCAUAUGGUUUUGUCCUUCCCCGAAAAGACACAAGAAAAAGUGCCUCAUGUUAUCUUUCCCAUCCAGUCUUCUCUGCAGUCUGUUGUUCAGCAGUAUUUUAAUGUUAACAUUCAGAUGAUGAGUUUUUCUCAAAGCCCAUUUAUUUCAACAUCUGCACUCAAUGUAACUGGUGUUGUCGCUGGCUUGAGUCUUUACUCUGGUGUACAGGAGCUGAAUGUGCAAAAUUUGUCUGAUAACUUCCAGGUCUGUGUUUUGUACCACAUGUUGCCAGUUUUGGCUUUUAACUUAUUUUAA